GCACGUGACUCUCCUAGCAUCCCAUAUUUGGGCAGUGCACGUAGAAUGAAGAAAAAAAAUGUACAAAAAAAAUUCCAACCCACCUAUAAAUCCUGGUCAUUUUUAGGACAAAAGCCCCUUGAACUUCUAAAGAUCCACAAAUCAAACGAAAUAACAAUAACAAUAACAAUAAUCCUGCCGGAAGAUAAGACGUGCAAAUGAAAACCAUCACUAAAAUAUCAUAGAGGGCUUUAAUUACAUGUUCGUUUCUGUUUAAAUGCUUCAGUUUUGUGCUUACUGCGUAUUUCCAUAAUAUGAGCUCUUACGUAGGUAACCCCUUUCCCAAGCAAACUCACGAGGCGUCUGCCUACACCAUGCACAGUUAUGGCUAUGGAUCUGUCUCUGAACUCCAUUCAUCCACUUAUUGCUACGGAGAGCUUGAUUUCAACGGAUCCUGUACUUCUUCGGCCUCUUCGAAUUCCCUCAAACGGGGGGAGAUGAGCACGAGCCUGCGUGAUAGCCCCGACGCUCCACCACCGCGGUUGCAGUCUUGUUCAGCAGCGGGCUCCACGAGACGCUCCGUAAACGAAAGCGGUCAAGGCACUCUAAAUAUUGGGCUGUACUGUCGAAAAGCCGAGGGCGACAACACGGAGCAGAGCGAAAUGCCCAUAGGCAAGGCAAGAACAGGCGAGAUCAAAGUUGGAGCCAUGCAACCCGUCCAGCCAGUAAGACAACCAAAUAAUUCGGCUCAGCCGCAGACCAACCACCAACAGCCCCAGAUAUAUCCAUGGAUGACAAAGCUACAUAUGAGUCACGAACCCGACGGAAAACGGUCACGGACCAGUUACACCCGCUACCAGACUCUGGAGCUGGAGAAAGAGUUCCAUUUCAACCGGUACCUCACACGUCGCAGGCGUAUCGAGAUCGCCAAUAGCCUUUGCUUGAACGAGAGGCAAAUCAAAAUAUGGUUCCAGAACCGGCGUAUGAAGUGGAAGAAGGAUUCAAAGCUCAAAGUAAAGGACACGAUACAAAAUGGCAAUGGGAUCACACGUUCUUCUCAAAAUUAAUGACUGGUAUUAUAAGAGCGGGCAAAGAAAGAAUCUGCGGACGAAUAAAACACGCAGGGAUUAAAAAAAAAACUUUUACGCACCAAGCUUCUGCGCAUUUUUUUUGCAUUUGAUAUGUUUAGAUAUGUUGUGCGAUGUGAAAAUGUAUCAGAGUAUGAUUCAAUAUACACGUAUUCAUUGUUUAAAUGUUGUGCCUUUAUGUUGUGUCUUGAUCAAUGAUUAUGCUCCCUCCCCUUCCGCGUGAGAACAAGAACGCCUGAGGUGGAAUUUUGAAUGUGCACUCGUUCUGCACUGUGUCCGCCAGAUGACCUUUCUGAGUCCAUGUUUUGGACAUGGUGUGACCUGGCCCUGACCCUAUAAUCAUGCAUUGGGCUUGAGCCCUGGUCCUUGCUGAUUGCAGCAGUUAUUAGUAGCAGUAUUUAUAAUGUUACUAUAGGAUACUAGUAAUAGCAGCAGCAGCAGCAGCAGCAGCAGUAGUAGUAGUAGUAGUAUUAGUAUUAGUAGUUGUAGUAGUAUAUAUUGUUGUAGAAUUAAAGCAUAUUACCUCUUAUAAGAGUCUGAGAACAUAAUUUGUACCAUCCUAUAUUCUAAAAGACACAUUCAAUGAGGUGUUCGUUUUUGUCAUACAACAAUGUGGAAUGGCAGGAAAUUUUGCUGAAUUGUGCAAAAUUAUAUUCCAUAGAGUUUUCCCUUUGAAUAUAACAAAUACAUAGAUCUUUGACUCUUGAUGAUAAUACAUUGAAAUAAGAAUAAAUAUGCUGAGAUUGUAUUGGGUAGGCUGCAUCAAUCAAGGAAAGUAAAAUAAUUACAUUUAAUGAACUGCCCCCCCUCCCCCUCCUCCUACAAAAAAGUGCUGAUACAUCUAUUUUAGUCUAUAAAUAUGUAUUUCUGGUUUGUAUGAGCACAAAUAUUGAAUUUUGAACCCAAAACGGAGUUUUAUAGUCAUGUCUGUGACUUUUAUUUUUUCAAAUUGAUUUUUCAAACUGACAUGCAGCUUUAAUGUAAAAUAGUUAAACACAUUCAUUCAAACCCUGUCCUGGUGCUGGUUUUAGUCUAAAUGUUCAGUGUCAUAAUGCAUUGAGCCAACAAUGACCCACUAAUAUAAACACUUUGUAAAUAAUGUUUGCCCUUCAAUUAAAAUAAAUCUCAGUGUCUGAUUGCACUAACAUGUUUUGGGUGAAUGGGAGUUUUUUAUUUUUUAUUUUAUUUUUUGCAUUUUGUCUGGAGUGCUAAGCAGUAGUUUGAGUUUAACUUUGAGGUUGAAGUUGGGCAUUGAUUUUUAAAAAUAAAAUGCACACACUAUCUAGCCUAGGCAUAUGUAGUACAUUUUAGUAAAAUAUUUAUUGUGUCAGUGAAACAGUCAAGUGUUUAUACAAUAAAUAACAGCUAACUGAACCAUUUUAGGCAAGUAUGAUUAACUAAUAUUUUGGAGAGUGUUAGCCAUGUUCACAUCAACACACCUAAACAGUGAAAAACAAAAGCAUGCUGGAAGGACUCAAAAUGGUUGGUUAAAAUGUGUAUAUGUGUGGGAUAUGUAAUAAAAUAUACGCCAUAUAUUA